UACCGCAGCUGGGUCGCGGAGCGCAUGCUGUGGCCGAGAGCACAGAGAAAUUGCGCGUUCUCCAUACCGACACACCGUAUCCUCCCUCUUUCAGACACUUCCCAAACAAAGAGAAACAGGCGAGGCGGAGGAACAAGAGUGCAUCCGUCGGGAACCACCGAAUCCUCGUUGAUCAGGGAGAAAAAAAAUAACACACACCCGAUACACUGUAACCGGGACCGGUUUAGAACCGAGAGGAGGAGAUUGAUUGAUCAUGUGUAGUAACGGAGCGAGUAACGGGACCAGCGACAUGCUUCAGAUCCAGUUCGGUUUGAUCAACUGCGGGAAUAAAUAUUUAACCGCUGAAACGUUCGGUUUUAAAAUCAACGCUUCGGCUACGAGUUUAAAGAAGAAACAGAUUUGGACUCUGGAGCAAGGAAGCGGGGAAGAAACUAGCGGUAAUGUGUUCUGUCUCAAGUCACAUCUGGGUCGGUACAUAGCGGUGGAUAAAGACGGGAACGUUACCGGAGAUAGUGAGAGUUCUGGACCCGAAACUCGGUUCGUCAUCACGGCUCACGACGAUGGAAGAUGGUCUCUGCAGUCGGAGGUCCAUGGCAGAUACCUGGGAGGCACAGAGGACAGGAUCAGCUGCUUUGCCCAGACUGCGUCAGUGGCUGAAAAAUGGAGCGUCCACAUUGCCAUGCAUCCUCAGGUGAACAUCUUCAGUGUGACCAGGAAGCGUUACGCCCACCUGUCCUCCAAGGUGGACGAGGUCUCUAUAGACCGCGACGUCCCGUGGGGGGUCGACUCCCUGAUCACCCUGGUGUUCCUGGACCAACGUUACCACCUGCAGACGUCUGAUAACCGCUUUCUGAAGAACGACGGCAGCCUGGAGGCCGCGCCGGACAAGACCACCGGAUACACGCUGGAGUUCCGCUCCGGGAAGGUGGCGUUCAGGGAUUGUUCCGGGCGAUACCUGGCUCCGUCGGGUCCCAGCGGGACCAUGAAGAGCGGGAAGACUAGUCGCGUGGGGAAGGAUGAGAUGUUCUCUCUGGAGCAGAGUCACCCUCAGGUGGUUCUCACCGCCAGCAACGAGAGGAACGUCUCCACCAGGCAAGGCAUGGACCUGUCAGCCAAUCAGGAUGAGGAGGGAGACCAGGAAGUGUUCCAGGUGGAGAUGAGUCGUGAGAACAGGAAGUGCGCGUUCCGGACCGCCGCCGGGAAGUACUGGACCCUCACCACCUCUGGAGGAUUGCAGUGUACCGCCUCCACUAAGACUGCCAACUGUUACUUUGACAUGGAGUACUGUGGUAAGAAGCUGACCCUCCGUGCCGCCAACGGGAAAUACGUCGCCGCCAAGAAGAACGGCCAGCUAGCCGCUACCAUCGACGUUGCCGGUGAGUCUGAGGAGUUCCUGAUGAAGCUGAUUAACCGUCCAAUCAUAGUCCUCCGUGGGGAACACGGUUUCAUCGGGUGUCGUAAAGUCACGGGAACCCUGGACUCCAACCGUUCCUCCUAUGACUGCUUUACCCUGACCUUCAGAGAGGGGCCCUACAGCUUACAGGACUCGACGGGGAAAUUCUGGAUGGUGGGCAACGAGGCGUCAGUGGUGAGCAGCAGUGACACCCCCGUUGACUUCCUGUUAGAGUUCUGCGACUACAACAAGGUCGCUAUCCGCUCCGUCGCCGACGGGAAGUAUCUCCACGGCGACCACGCCGGCGUCCUGAAGGCCAACGCCGACGACCUGGAGACCGCCACGCUCUGGGAGUACUGACCCUUUCCGAGAGAUCCCGUUACUACGACAACGCGGCACAGCGACCCUUCCCCCCCCCCCUCCCUUAACUCCUGUGACCUCUCUCCAUCCCUCCCAUCUUUCUCUCAACUCUUGUCCUAACCCCUUCCCAGAACCCCCGGGGGCUGUGUUCAGUGUGGUGAAAUGUCCACGAUAUUGUAGAUGGGUUUGGGUGGGGGGGUAAACACCUAGAGUUUGACACCAUUAUCUGUUUUACCUGAUAAUGAAUCCCAUCUCUUCUAUUCUACACCGUACGUUUCUAUGUGACUGUUGUGACGUUUCCACUGUUCUUGAACACGACAAAGGAGGGAGGGAGGGAGGGAGGGCUGGGGAGGUAUGUCCUUAUGUAAGGCUUUCUUCACCUGCCUUUCCCCCCCUCUCUCUCUCUCUCUCUUUCCCCCCCUCUCUCCCUUUCCCCCCCUCUCUC